AUGGAGACCAUCAAGAACAUUGCUGCAAAGCUCGCGGGCAAGGAGUUGGCAUUGCCCAAGGAUUCCCUCAUUCUUGUGACUGGAGCUUCUGGCUACAUCGGGUCACAUGUCGUGAACGAAGCUCUCUUGGCUGGCUACAAGGUCCGCGGCACUGCUCGUUCGCAGGAGAAAUGCGACAACACCAAGAAGAUCUUCAACAACCACCCCAACUACUCGACUGCCAUCGUCGCAGACUUCCAACAUGAGGGCACGUUUGACGAGGCUGUCCAAGGCUGCGAUGCGGUGAUCCACGUUGCCAGCGACACCACGUUCGGUACCGAUCCCAACGUCGUGGUGAAGCCGACAGUCGCUGGUGUAUUGUCCAUUGUUCGCUCGGCCGCCAAGACUCCAAGCGUGAAGCGCUUCGUUCUGACUUCAUCUUCUACCGCCGUUACUCUGCCAAAGCCGGGCAAGGAGUUCUCUGUUGGUGUUGAUGAUUGGGACCAGGAGGCCAUCGAUAUCGCAUGGGCUCCGCCACCAUACACCAACGAACGGGCCUUCCCGGUCUACGCUGCGUCCAAGACCGAAGCCGAGAAGGCGUUCUGGAAGUUCGUUAAAGAGGAGAAGCCAGGAUUUGUUGCCAACUCGAUCUUGCCGAACUACAAUAUGGGUCGUAUCCUGCCAGGCGGUUCGCCAGGCGCGACAGGCGGUGGCUGCAUCUCCGUCCUGAAGGGCGAGACCCCAUCAGCGCCUCCACAAUACAUGAUCGAUGUCAUUGACGAUGCACGCCUCCACGUCAUUGCUGCUGCGCUCGACCCAUCCAUCAAGGAUCAGCGCAUCUUCGCCUUCCACUGCCCUUUCAAUUGGACCGAUAUCAUCAACAUCGUGAAGGAACUUCGUCCCAAUGCGAAGAGCAUUCCCAAGGCCCCAGAAGGCGAGCAGAGAGACCUCAGUAAGGUGCCGAACGAGGUUGGUGCAGAGCUUCUCAAGAAGUGGUACGGUCAGAAUGGCUACAAGUCUCUCAAGGAGAGUGUCAAGGAGAACCUCGAAGGCGUUGAAGAAUAG